CUUUCGUGUCCUGGGUAUAUCAAGCCCAGAGGUUGUGUCUGGGUGUGUCUCAGAGGGGCAGCUGGUGACUGGAUCCACACAGCUGAGGACAGCGGGGACACAUCCAAACGGGCUGCAGGAAGAUUCCUGGGGUGCACACCUGGGGAGCAGUGAGAAAAAUCCUGUCAAAAUCCAAUGGCUCAUGCUUCGGACUCACAAGGGGAAGAUCACAAUGUUGAAGACUUCAUUGAUUUUUUCACCGAAGUACUCAGCAAAACAGAUCUGAGGAGACUGAUUACUGAAGAUGGAACCUGGAAGGGAUUUGUGGAAGCAGCAGAGUUGUCAAGCGAGGAGGAAGCUGCACUGUGUUCUGCUCUGAAGGAGAAUUUAGAACAGGAUCCCACAGAUGAAAAUGAUGGACCUCCAAGGGAGCAGCAGAAAGAGGAAUUUUUGCGAGAGUUUCCUCGGUUGAAAAGGAAACUUGAGGACCAUAUCCGGAAGCUCCGAGACCUGGCUGACCAUAUCGACCAGGUGCACAAGGACUGCACCAUCUCUCAUACAGUGUCCAGCUCUGUUGGUGCUGCCUCUGGAAUCCUGGGCAUCCUUGGUUUGGCUCUGGCACCCCUUACAGGAGGGGCCAGUUUGGCCCUCUCAGCAACCUCCUUGGGUCUGGGAGCAGCCGCAUCUGUGACUGGUAUUACUACAGGCAUUGUGGAAGAUUCAAUGACACAGUCAGAUAUAUCUGAAGCAGGUAACCUGGUCGAAGCCACCAUAAAAGUACUUGAGGAGAUUCUAAAGAUCGUGCCUAAGAUAAGAGUCAAGCUUAGUAAUAGUGUUAGGGAAUUAAUUGAUGCCUUCAAAAGAUACCAGGCUAUUAAGAAGCUUGCAUCCCAUGGAAAAGGAUUUCUGCGGGGUCUUCAUCUACUGACCAAAGGAGCCAGGAUUAGAGCAGGAGUGUUUACAAGUAUCUUCCUUGCUUGGGAUGUGUAUGACCUUGUGAAUGAAUCAAUGGAUCUGUAUAAUGGGGCCAAAACAGAGUCAGCUAAAGCACUGCGCGACCUGGCUCACAAGCUGAGAGAGAAGGUGCAAGUAUUUGAGGAGAUCUACAAGGAUCUGCAGGAAGAAUUGCCUCAGUGACCCCUCCUCCAAGGAACUAGGAGUUCAGAGGAAAUGAUGUGAACAUGGGUAGGGACAGCAGAGAUAUUCUGUAACAAGGGAAAUAGCCUAAGGUCUAAUCCAUGGAAAAGAUUGCUGAGGAGUUUGAAUUUCUCUGACUGAGCAGAGAAAGGUCAAUGCAGAUGGCCAGAGAUCCCAGGAGAAGAAGAAACUGGAGUCUAAAAGGGCUCAGACAUUUAUCGAGUAGAGAAUCUGUAGACAAAUCAGCAUUGAUCACUCUAAUAACACCCUCGUGUAUCCUAACAUCUUUGCCAUCUCUUCAUGGUCUUUUGCUGGGUUUGGUAAAUGCUUAGCUAUCUGAGAAAUGAUAUUGUUUAGUGGGUUUGUUUUGCUGUAAUUUUUUUUUCAGAUUUCUUUUUGAAGGGUUAAGGAGCAGUUUCAAAUUAGGAAAGCAGAAAGAACAUUUUAUAGGUUUUUUGUUUUAUUGAUUAUGGUUUUAUCAUGUAACUGGCCUGGAAUUUCUAGGUAGACCAGAAAAUAGUGAUGGUCUUCCUAAGUGUUGGGAUUUAUGUGCAUGUACCACAGUAUUGAUAUAUUAUUGACUACAGUAUAGAGGUCAUUGCUUGUGCUAAACAAUAUCUGUGGGUGUUGACAAGUGUCUAGAGUGCCAUAUGUUUGAAAUUAUAUACUAUGCUACCUUUCAUAUUGGUUUUAGCUAGAAAUAUGCACGUGAGAAAUAAAAAAUAUUAAAAUAAGGGUGAUCAGAGUGGUCUAGAGUGUGGGGAAUGGGUGUGUAACAUGGUGGGUGUGGUCAGGGAGGGCUGGACUGGACAAGCAAUGAGAAGUCAGGAAGCCCGGGGAGCAGAAAGUGGGAGAGAGCCAGAGUGAGAGUUAAGGUGGAUCUCAUACAGGGUCAAAUGCUGUGUGCAGUGGAGAUGAAUUUAAAACUUUUGUAACAGGAAACUGGGCAUGUGGCUCUCAGCUCCUUCUCAGUCUGUGGAGAGUUUCUGGCCAAGGUGGUGUCUCAGAUCAGUGGGCUCUUGUCCUAUUAUGUUCUAUAUGCUUGUGUCCAGAAAGUGUUAGCUGGCUGGUCUUGAAAAAUGAAGUAAAAGCUGUCACUUGCAACCUCUGGACCAUCAGUAUUGACAGUUCUGAUCACUGAGGUGGCAACCAUUUGCCUGACUUUAUUGUGUUGUCAAACAACAUGCUGAACAGUUUUCUAGCAGAUCUUCUUAAUAUACAAGUGGGAUGGGCUCUGCUUCUGUGCCUGGAUUUAGAGAUAGAGGCAUGGGAGUGUGCUAAUCCCUGCCAUCCUGACUAUUCAAGGGUCUAUGAGUGUUCCAACCAAUUCAUCACUUUGAUCAUGGGAACCCAUCAUGGUUGGCCUGUAGCUCAGCAGACAUUUACAUGGUUCUGUCAUGAAUGGACCUUUGGCUCCGCAGAUAUUUACAUGCUCCUACAUCCCACUGUGUUUUUCUCUGCCAAGCUGAAGUCAUGCUGAUGAAAGGAGAGAAAAUCAAGAGUAAGAAAAUACUUUGAAAUAUAGCAACAUGUAUCUCUCUACAAGAAAGCAUGGCGAGUAGUGUCUUGUAUCUUAGGGCUGCAUGUUGGCUCCCUCUUGGCUCAGUCUCUGAGAUGUGGAAUAAUAGCUGAUGCCUAGUAUUUUGGAAAGGAGGUUGAGCAGUGGUGGGCAGACUGUGUCCUCUGGGCAUCUCCUGGACUCUGCUCAGCUUGUGGGUGAAAAAUGGCAGGUUCUGUCUUAUAUAUCUGGGGGGAAAAUAAGAUUGACAGAGACACAAAUAGACAUUCUUCCAUUAGAACUAGGUAGCUCCAGGAAGCCAUGAAUUUCAGCAUCUCUCCCAUGGAUUUCCAUGAUUUCUUAUUGGCAAGGACCACUCUUCGCUUGGAGAUGGGGUCCUGAGGAAUAGGUGUUUGGGAGCAGUGGAAGGAGUUGAAGUCAAUGAUGAAGUACAAGCAGAUAGCUCAGUCCUUUGCUGGAGACAGGUCUCUCAAGAGCAUUUUGGUUUUCCAACCAGUGUCAGAAAGCUUUCCAGAAAAAAAUGCUAAAGGAGUGUGUUAGCUCUCAAAGCAGUUCUUUCUGUCUCUCUCACAGAUUUGCAUAAGCUAUUUCCUUAUGAAUUCAAAGGCUUGAAUCACCAAACCUGGGUCUAAACCCCCUCUGUCCCAAGCUAGCAUUGAACUCAGAAAUCUCCCUACCUAUAUAAGCACAAACAAAAGGAUUAGCUGUGUGGUUUCAGGUCCUGAGAUCACAGUUCCCUCACUUUCUGGUUCUCCUUUUGAAACAUGAAUUUUUUUUUAAAACUUUUCCUUUCCCUCUACUGACUCAUCACUGCAGCUGCCUCUGUUUUUUUCAGGUCUAUGAAGCACCUCAUCAAAGUCAUGUUGCAUCCUCAUAUUUUGAAUAAUUUAGAAAUAUUCAUGAACUCAUGUUUUUAGAGUUCUUUUCCACAGCCUUAAGGGCUGAAAAUCUCAGCAAUUACCAUUUUGCUGAGGAACAUUAGACACACCCUCUCGAACUUGUGAUGUUUCUAAUUAUCAUGGGGACCUUAACCUUGGCAGGGAGAACAUUUCAUGAAAGAGGAACAUGAAGUAAAAUAUGUACACUACUAUACAAUAAACCUUAGAAACAUGCCACACUAUCCUUUCCCCAGCGGCCAUGCUGGCUACUUAUUACUUGGCUUGUUACUUGGCUAUUAUUACCCUUGUUCUCUCUCAGGGCACCAGAGUCCUUCCUGGUGCUUAUAGACUAUGGUUUGUCUGCUUCCUCAUGGUUGGCUGGAGCAUUCUUUCCCAACUUUUGUACAAAGUGCUACAAAUGCCACACUGUUUUUAUGAAAUCAUUCAGCUCUCUUCCUGCUUUGUAGUACUGUGGGACCUCCCAAGGCACUUAAAGAAAGAAGCUUCACAGCUGGUACUGGUCACCAGCACUGGACUGCAUUACAGAUCAUGCCAUGUCUCCUGACAAAAGAGACAUAAGUGUUGGGAGGGGGAAGGGCAGGUGUAGUAGAGAGAAGUGUCAUAGGAAAGCUUGACAUCCAGGGCUGGAAGGAACAGGGCAAUCCAUCAGGAAGGAAGAGGCAUAUGAGGACAUCAUAUGGGAGGGAGAGAGAGGAGUUUUUCAGGGUGGGAGGAGCCCAGUAUAGGCCUGAGAGCUGGAAGGUUCCUGUGUUUGAGGGGAGGGUGAUGAGUCCUUGUCCCUGCAGCUGCUGCUUAAGGAAGUUGGUUCUGGGCCCAACCUCACUCUUCCAUCACCAUAACCAGUAGAGAGUCCUGGUUAGAUCCAAAGAAAACAUGAUCAGCUGGAGACAUAAUCAUGAGAAGGGACUGAAUCUGCUCAGGAGAGAUGAGAAGCAAGUUUCUGGCCCCUGGGGUGGGAACUGUGUGUAGCCAUGAGGGUCAGUGACAUCAUCUGAAUAAGUAUGGAGCAUGCCUGCCAUGCUAGGGCCCAUGCCUCUGUGAAGAGAAGAAACCCUGAGGCUUACACUUGCUCUGUCCAGCAUACAGAUGGUGCCUUAUUAUAGUGCAGUGAGAAGGUCCUGGCAGAUCAGAACCUGGUGCCUGGGACAUGUUCUGAGCCUUGCCAGCGGCCUACCGUGUGCUACAUAAAUGUCUAUAUCAGUUCAUCAUAUAUUCUUAGUUCACUUCCUAUAAGUAUUAAAAUGUAUAGAGUUAUCUUGUAUAGGUGAGAGUGUUACUUCUUUGCUGAGUAGAGCUUUACUUCUGGUUUGUCUCUAGACAGAAUUUUCACAGAAGCAAUGGACACAGCUGCAGACAUCUAAACACUUCUUCAGGCUCUCCAACCAAAGCCUUGACUCCAAGGCAGAUUCUUUCUAGAGCCCUUGGUCCAGACUUAGAUCUCCAUGCUCAGUCUCCAUAGGGCGUCUUCCUAGGGCUCAGGACAGGCCUGAGAAGGUUUACUCAUUUCCCAGGGAAAAGAUGAAGCCCAUUCAGUCUUUGCAGAGGGACCCUGCCCUCUGCAGCCCCACCCUCCCUCCCUCCUUCCCAUCCUCUCCUAAUGCCUCCAAAGGCCAGCUUGCAGAGCUCUGGAACUGUGCUGAGCCUUUUCUCUCACAGGAAACAUCUCUCAUUUCCACGUGGUGACCAAACCGACCAGGACUGCCUCAAUUGGCCUGCUUCAGCAGCCUGCUGCUGUCUGGGAUCUGAGACAUUAUUUGGAUAUUGAGGUAAUGGCUUCUGAGGACAAAGCUCAUUCAAGGAAAUAUUAUGGAUAAAGAGAUAAUAAUCACCAGGCAGUGGUGUUGCACACCUUUAAUCCCAGCACUUAGGAGGCAGAGGCAGGCUGAUUUCUGAGUUAGAGGCCAGCCUGGUCUACCAUGUGAGUUCCAGGACAGCCAGGGGUAUACAGAGAAACCCUGCCUUGAAAAACAAAACAAAACAAAAAAUAACAAGAAACAAACAAAAACAGAUAAUCUUAAAAGUUUCUAGGACUACCUGCUGUGAGAGACAGAUCAUCUCCUCUAUUCACACCUGUGGUCUGGCCUUUGACAUCCUGAUUAAAGGGCCCAUAAAGGGCCCAUAGUGCUGUAUAUCAGAUUGUUCAACAUGUCUUUCUGUGACCCACACAGAUCUGCUACCCACCCAGACAGAGGACACCCUGUCUUAUUUCUCAGUACCUCAUAGUCUGGGCAGAGAACAGGACAGGCCCAGGGGAACAAGCCUGCCAUCUUCCUACCCAGCCUGCUUCACAGAAUCCUCAACAAGACUCAGGUUCCCCAAGAGCUCACACAGACUCAUGCUCAGAGACACUGUGUCACAACUCCUGAGCACCUUGCAUCUCACAAGCCAUUAUUUGUCCUAUCUGGUUAGCAAAAACUAUGCAGGGCCAACCUCAGUGUGCACAGGGCACAUGACCUGCAGGGUCUGGAGAGUGCUCAACCACAACAGUCUCCUUCUGCUCUGAGCCUGCUGCUGAGGUCUCAGGCACUCUCCCACUUGAGCAGAGCCCUGGGAAGCUUGGUGAUGUCAUGUGAGAGGCCUCUAUUCUUUCUUGUGGUUAUUGGAACAAAAGUAUUGGCUCAGGACCCCCAAGACCAAUUCUCUGCACAAAGGAGAUUUAUUUGUCCCAGGGGGUGAGAGGGCAGAGAUGAGAGAGAAAAGGAGGAGACAGCGCAUGAGGGAGACCGGGGAAGGGAACAAGGGAGGGGGGAAGGAUUGUUUGUCCCAUGCUGGGACAAAGGACAGCCUCUGGACAGUGAGGAGACAGAAAUGGCCAUAGACAAAUAUUGGUUUAUAAAGGUGUAGAGGAAACCCUGUGUUAGCAUGAGGUGUUUCAGUUUUAGGCAUGUUAAUUAGGUGAGCCAAAGUGGGCUUUUGAUUGCUGGAGUUCAAUGGUUUGAUAGCUGGAUCUUAGUGGUCAGCCUCAAGAGGAGGGAUUAGCUGUCUAAGGGAAUAGACCAUGGGGACUUGCUUCAGGAAUGCAAUCUAAUGGUGUUUAGAAAGAAGGGGGAACUGGGGAGAUGGGUAAGGACUGACAGAGCCAGACUUACCAUGCUCGAGCUGGUCAGAGUCCCUUCACUUAUGGCAGAGAAGGAGAGAAGGACAACUAGAGCGAACAUGGUUUCAAGUCUAGACUGUAUCCUGGGCUGAUGUCUGACCAUGAUCUUUGUCUUCCAGAGUUGCAGGGAGGAUGAGCAGGUAGGGGAGCUUAAGAGACUCCCUAAGGUACAAACGAUCUACCUAUGGCUGAGCUGACAGGGAUCCCAGCCCUCCUUCCUAUGUGCUUCAGCUCACUAACUGCACAUUGGGAUCCCAGGAAGAAGCAGCUGCCUGCCUGUUAUACUCAGCAACUGAACGUGAAAGUCCCACCUUCUGCAGCAGAGUCAGACUGACACAACACAACAGCCACCUCUAGGGAACCACCACCUCCCACCCUCCUGGGUGACCCAUAUGAGGGAACAAUGUUAGCUCCACAUCCCAAGUCUUUCUUAGUUUAUGACCCUUUGGAGUUUUCUGUGGAACAAGGAAUAAAAACAUGUAUCACAGAUUGAAGGACACUGCAUAGAUCACCCCUAUUUUAGUCAGGGUUCUCUAGAGUCACAGAACUUAUGGGUAGUCUCUAGAUAGUUAGGGAAAUUGUUGAUGACUUACAUUCUGUAGUCUAACUCCCCAACAAUGGUCAGCAGCAGCUGUGGAUGGAAGUCCAAGGAUCUAGCAGUUAUUAAGUCCCACAAGGCAAGCAGGCAAGGAAGAGUGAAUCUACCUUCUUCCAAUGUCCUUAUGUAGGUCUCCAGCAGCGGGUGUGGCCCAGAUUUAAGGCCUGUGCCACCUCGACUUAAGUCCCAGAUGACCUUGAACUCAGAGCUCUCCUUGUCUUAAUCUUCUGGAAUUCAUAGUCACUAUUUUUCAAGAUCUCCAUGCCAAGAUCCAGGUCAGAAACUUGUAUCUCUGAGCCUCCAGAUUAGGAUCAUAGGUUAGUAUUCCAAUUCUGGAUUGUAGUUCAUUCCAGAUACGGUCAAGUUGGCAACCAGGAAUAGCCACUACAACCCCCUAAGUGAACAUGAUCUGCCCACUCACAAUGUCCAGCAGGAAACUUCUCCCUCCCCCUCCACCUCGGCUGCUCCUCACCCUGGUUCCCUUGUGCACACAGUGGUGCUGUUGUGUCCACCAUGUCUGGAACCUGUAUAUCUCCCUAUGUGGUGUCUUCUGUCUCAAGCCCAGGUUCUGCAUCUGGAACCAUCAUGCCCUGCUUCCUCUAGGAUGACCCCUGCAUCCUCCACGACACACUCCUCUGGUACUGUGUUGUCUCCUACAGAACUUGGAGUCAUAAUUCAACUUCUGUCCCAAGUCUCCUGUCCAUAAGCUCACAUAGCUCGAUGGCUGUGGAAUAGUUCUGCUUUGCUCCAGGAAGAAGAAACUUAAAGCACAGCCGAACUCCUGAAAUUGGAUGUGUGAAGGAUGCACUGAGAGGUAAUGUCUUUCAUACCACAGCUCAGGAACCAGUCAAGACUCAAGCCAAGAUCCAUAUACAGAGAGUAGACCAUUGUGACCUCAAUUGAUUGUUUAAGGUUUUUUUUUCAUCCAUAUCCUUUCUUGUUCUCAAUUCUUCUCUUUUAUCAUCGUCACUGUGUCUCUGCAGUUACAGAACACCACUGUGAGACGCAGAACCAUGACAAUGUCCAUGGAAACUGAGGGGCUGGUCAUGAUGGAGACCUACUGAUCAGGGCAUAGGACGAACUGCAACAGAAAUACACUCCUGCACAGAGUCAGGGUGUGGCCUCAGCGUCCUGCUGCAGAUUCAGCUGAAAUUGAAACAUAAGGGUCUCAGGCUCCACAUACAAUAGAGCCCACUCGCCCUGGGCAUCCUGUAGAUCUGCUAAAAAAGGCUUGGGUGAGCUGUGACAAGGCUAAAAACUUCUGUAACGAGUUCCAGAUAUUCCAAUACCUUCUCUGGCUUACACCAGGCAGCAAACACACAGAAAGGCAUGCCGACAAAACAUACACAUAAAAUAAAAAUGAAUGACUAUUCAAAUAUUAAUUUUUGGAAAAUAAGAGAUUGUACUGCCUGUGGCAGUGUGCUUGCUAGCAUGCUUUGCUUCUGUCCCUCCUUAAGAAAGGACUGCAUCACUGAACUACCUUCUCUUUGGUCUCCUGUGUUUCUUUGUAAGCACAAAGGGCAUCCUUGGUUGUUAAGUGUUUGCUGAAAGCAGCCAACUGGUUGAAAACAAGCUUGAAAAUAAAUAUCCAUUAUUAAUGUUGGAAGCGUCACAAGGCUAGGGUCUGAUGGCAUGUUUGUAGUUCUGUCUUCUGGGUCAUUUGUGAGAGAGGAAAGUCAAUGUUUUCCUUUGUGUGGUGGUUUGACUGACAAUGGUCCACAUAGGCUCAGGUUUGAAAGUUUGGUCAUCAAUUAGUGGCACUGUUUGGGAAGGAUUAGUAGAUGUGGUCUUUUUGAAGGAGGGGUGUCACUGAGGAAGGGCUUAGAGCUUUCAAAAGCCUAUAACAGUCCCAAUCUCUCUCUCUCUCUCUCUCUCUCUCUCUCUCUCUCUCUCUCUCUUCCUGAAAUGUUUAGAUCAGAUAUGAGCUCUCUGUCUUCUCUAGCACCAUGUCCGUCUGCUGCCAAGUGCUAGGAUUAAAGGCAUUUGCUACCAUCUCCAGCUUGAUGGCAAGAUUCUUUAAAGUGAUGUUACCUACCAUAGGCCUAUAUAACUUGUCUUCAGGUAGUGUGUGGGUAGUAGGUGAGGGGAUAACAGAUAAAUCUGUCAUAGUUUUUCUGCCUGCUGGUCAUUUCUUGGCUGGAUUUUUGUUUUUAUAUUUUCCAUAGAUUUGCCAAUUCAUCAUAAAGAGUUGGUAAACAUUAAAGAUAAAUGGAAGGAACCUCUGACUCUCAACAGCUUCAGCUGAGGUAGUGAAAGGGCAUCCUAUGAAUUUUUCAGCUGGGACAACUCUUGUUCCUGGAAUUAAAGAUGGAUCCGUGGAUGGACUGGUGAGAUAGCUCAGCGGUUAAGAGCACUGGCUGCUCUUUCUGAGGUCAUGAGUUGAAAUCCCAGCAACCACAUGGUGACUCACAACCACUCAUAGUGAGAAACAAAUAAAAAAAACCUAUGGGCAGGAGCGAGCAGGGCUGGAGCAAGCAGAGCCAGAGCAAGAGGGGAAAGGGAAGUUGGGGGUGGAGGUGGGGACGAUGAAUCUGAGGCUAAAGGGACCUGACACCAAGGCUGAUGGUUCGAACUUUAUUCCUGGGUUCCAUUUGGAGGAAGGACAGAACAAACUCCUAGAAGCUACCCUCUGACAGAACUUCUAAAUUUUCCUGAAAUGGCUCUAAAUAUAAGUCAGCCUGUUUGUAUUAACUGCUUGGGCAGUUGCCAUGGUGAGGUAUAGCCCCUCCUACUCUUCUUCUAACUGACCUAGUUCUAAUGCUUAACACCCCUGGACUCCACCAAUCCCCCUCCCCACUUCCUUUAAUCAACUCUUGAUUGGCUCACUAUUUGGAGGAACACUGUUCGGUGGACACUUACUGUUGAGGUCUCAUCCUUUUCAGAUGUCUAUAGCAGUUUGUAUUCAGUCUCCAUUUUGCUUAAAAGGUGAAAUUAAGUUCAGGUUCUCAGACUUUGCUGCCCAGAAGUAAUUAUACACAGCAGACUCUGAAAAACAUUUCUCCUAAACUGUGGUUGUAUUACUUACGAUCUGUUAACUUAAAUACUCUAAAACUCCCCUGAUCACCACCUAUCCACCACCCCUUACAUCACUUAGGACCAGUCAGCUUAAACGUCAGCUGAAAAUUCUUUUUCUACAUAGGGAAAAUAUAGUACUUCUUCCAUCCUUGCCUUCUGAACGUCUAAACUUUAUUUUUUCUAUAAAAAGCCUGCCCUAAGAAUAGACUGGUACCACAAUUAGGCUCCUGAGUCCUUUUUUCUGGUCCUGAGCAACCAGUCUUGUGGUGUGUGUUCAAUAAACUAUGCUCCUUAACUGAGA